GUGGGGAGCGGUGCGGGCGGCGAGCGCGGAGCCAGGUGAGCGCGGGCCGCGGGUCCCAGCGCUACCCGGCCCGCCCGCACCGCCCCUGAGCAGGCACCGGACCUGCGGGCAUCACCACGGGUGUCCCGCUUUUGCCCUGUGCUGCUGGAGGCUGUCGCCAUGACCCUCACCAAAGGCUCCUUCACCUACUCCAACGGGGAGGAGUACCGUGGCGAGUGGAAGGAAGGUCGCAGGCAUGGCGUCGGGCAGCUGACAUUUGCUGACGGCACUGCUUACAUGGGACACUUUGAGAACGGGCUCUUCCACGGCUGCGGUGUGCUCACCUUCCCCGAUGGCUCCAGGUAUGAGGGGGAGUUUGUACAAGGCAAAUUCAAUGGCGUCGGCGUCUUCACCCGCUGUGACAACAUGACCUUUGAGGGCGAGUUCAAAGGCGGACGCGUGUACGGCUUCGGUCUCCUGACCUUCCCCGACGGCUCCCAUGGGGUGCCCCGCAACGAGGGCUUCUUUGAGAACAACAAGCUGCUGCGGCGGGAGAAGUGCCCAGCCGUCAUCCAGAGGGCCCAGGGUGCUUCCAAGUCUGCCCACAACCUGACGGCGUGACGGUGCCCCACACCCCCCUCCUGCCACCGUGGGGACCCCCCCACUGGGCACUGGCUGUCCCCGCUGUCCCCGGAGCAGGGAUGCAGCACUGCUGGGUGGCCCCCCUGCCCUCUGCUUGCCAGCUGCCCAGCCUUGGCAGGGCUGGGGGUCCCCACCAAGCCCCCUUGCUGACCCUCUACCAGUGGGGGGACGGGGCCCCCCGCUCUCCACCCAAGUGCCCCGGGGCAGCUGUCGUGCCUUCUCUCUCUGGCUGUAGCCCUGGCACCUGCCAGAGCAGCAGGGGGACAGGGCAGACGGGGCCCAGCCGCUCUGCCCCCAGGAAGGCUGCAGACCACCAAGGCUGCCAGCUCACCGUGAGGGAUGGAGCCGGGGUGUACAGGCUGGGGCUGGGCCCCAGCCCCACUGCCAGGGUGCCUUGGCUGGGGGCUGCUGGCUGGACCAUGCACCCAUGGAGGGGCAGCUCCUGUCCCACUUCGCUACCCUGGUCCCGAGGCAAGGUGGGCACCCCAUGGCUUAUGCCCUCAGCUCUGGGUGACUGGUCAUCCCCCCCGUGCCCUGGGCAGGGUGACACAGUGUCCCCAAAGGACCCAGCCUGCUCUCAGGGCCAGUUGGUGGGCUGUGUCAUCCCUGUGCCAAUCCAGCCCGUCCGCUGCCUUGGGGACAUCUGCAGCAGCAUCCCCACCAAGGAGGACCAGGGGAAGCUCAGCCUGGCCAGUGUCUGCUGCACACUAGGGGAGGGCAGGAGCAAUGGCGAGCAAGGAGCAGGGUUGGCUGGAGCCCAGGACAAGGGGCAGGGCUGCGUGGGGUGCCAGAGCUGGAGCAGGGGGCCUGGGCAGGGCGUGCAGGGAUAGGGGCAUGGUGAGGGGGCAGGCAGGGUGCGCAGGGGGCACACAGCUCCCCAUCUUGCCCCCCCGCAUACAUCCUUCAUCUCCCCACUGCGUGCCCACCUUCAUCCUCGGUGUGGUCUGGCUGGCUGCAGCGUGGGGGUCCCGGCAGCCCUCGUAGCCUGGUGGUGGGCUGCAGGGGCCGUGCCCUCCCUGCCGGUCUCUGCCUGCACCAGUCCCGUGCCUUGCCGUGACCCUGCCUUGUGCUGCUGCCUGCACGGGCCUCAGCUGAGUAAACCACGUUGC